ACGCUUCCCGAUCGAAUUAAUCAUUUUAAUCCACUUUUUUUUCCUUUAACUUCGUCUCUGCUUCCUCUCGAGCUAAUCAGCUAAGCUAUAUCCGAUCCAGACCCGCCGCUAUAAAAAUCCACCACCUUUCCGAGGUUGCGCAAAUGGCGCUGAUUGCCACUGGUGCUACCGCUACUGCUACUGCGGCGCCGGUGGCUAGCCCGGCUGCUUCUUCCAUGGCGUCCGAGCUGAUGGCGCAGGGGCGGGAGUCCGCCGCCGUCCUGGAAGCCCUGCUCCAUGGCGCGUCGCUCCCGCCGGCGCACGGCGGUGCCCACGCCCUCGCCGCCGAGAUCCUUCGCUGCUGCGACCGCGCGCUCGCCGCGUUGCGCGCCGGCGGCGAUGCCGAAUCGUCGUCAGCCGACACGAAGCGCAAGCCGGCAACCGCCCAGCCGUCGACGCGCCGGAGGAGAAGAGCGACGGCGAGCGGCGGCGGAGCGGCGGCGGCGGCGGAGCCGGCGAGGGUGGAGAAGGCGCGGACGUCGGAGGACGGAUUCCUGUGGAGGAAGUACGGGCAGAAGGAGAUCAAGAACAGCAAGCACCCGAGGCUCUACUACCGGUGCAGCUACAAGGACGACCAUGGCUGCACGGCGACGAAGCAGGUCCAGCAGUCGGAGGAAGACCCUUCCCUCUACGUCAUCACCUACUUCGGCGACCACACCUGCAGCUGCCAGACGGCCGCCGCCGCCGCCAUGGACGACGACGACGACGAUGAAAACUCGCAGCAUUUCGUCAUCAACUUCGGGCCGGCCACCGCGAGCCGCAGCGGUUCGCCGCCUCUGCUCUACGACGACGGCGACGACGGCGAUGUCUGGAGGGAGACGGCGGCCACCCCACCGUCGUCGAGGCAGUCCAGGUGCUCGCCGGAGGGAGACGGGGAGGAAUCCGGGGUGAAGAUGAGCAAGGAAGAGCCAGUGGACUCGUGUCCGGGGCCGUCAGCGGUGAGUUCGCCGGCCGACGUCGUUUCUUGUUCGUCUCCGGCAAUGGAGCCCGAUCUGCUGGGCUGCUUGAACUGGGAUGAUGACUUUGGAGACAGCUCGUUCGUCGACGCCGAUGAGUUCAUGAAUUUCGAUGAGAUUGAUCUGUUUCAAAUCUACUCCUAGCUAGCAUUGUUAUGCGACUAAAUUGCGUGAUAAAUGGUACUAAUAGGUGUGUAGUAUUGUAGGAUGUGUUUCUGGCUUUCUGCAAGUAUUAUUGUUGCAACUAUGAGGUGAUCAUGAAUGAGAUUUUUCUUCUUUGUGGGUGUGAGAGAGAGGUUCAGUACUUCGGAAUCCAAAAAGGAAUUCCGGGGAAGAAAUACCCAAAAAAAAUCAAAAAUAAUUCGAAUUUUUGUAAGUUUUUUGAAAUUCUAA